UCCAGGGCUGGGCAGGGCCUAGACCGGGCCUGACCUUGACUGUGCCUUGCUGCUGGCUCCUCCGCGGCCAUGGGGACCCUGGAGACCCUUUUCCUGCUCAGCGCCCUGCUCCUGUCACCUGCCGAGGCUCAGGAGGCCGCGCAGCGUCACCUGAAGCCCUGGCUGGUGGGCCUGGCAGCCGUCGUGGGAUUCCUGUUUAUCGUCUUCCUCCUCAUGCUGGCCAACCGCAUCUGGUGCUCCAAAGUGAGGGAUGAGGAUGAGGGGGAGCCCAGGUUCAGAAUAGAGACCAACCAGGAUGUGGACCUGAGUGAAAGAGACAAGAGGAAGAAGAAAGACGAGAUACAGGAGGAGAAGGAGAAGAAGGCUGAGAAGGAAGGAGAGAGAAACUUGGGGCUGGAGCUGGAGAAGGAGGAGCCCGGAGAUGAUGAGACAGUCAAGAACACGGCCAUGUGAAGACUCACCACACACUUCUUCCAGGCAGCCCCCCAGAGGUACCCCUUCCACACCAUACAAGCAAUGACCUGGAUGUGAAGCCACCCCGACAUUCCGCGUGGAGUUGAGAACACCGCUCCCAGAAAGAAGACUGGCGGAACUCGCCCUGCCCCUCAGGGAGGGCUCUCCGUGCGCUACACGCGUGGGCUUUAUCCGUCCUCCUUCCUGAUGUGUCUGCCUAGUGAUUCCUGGACUUGGAGCACAUUCUUGGUUAUGGAGAAACCCCCAGGACCUCUGCCAUCUCCUGGCCCCACCUACUUCUACCCACUGCCUGAUUUCUUUUCCCUCUCCCUGAUAUCUGUUGUCCAGAACCUCCCCCGUCCCUCUCCGCCCCGGGACCAGCACGGGGCCGGGGCUGCCUUCUGGGGAUCUGCAUUAAAGAAUUGAUAAGAGCCCUCCA